AUGAAGUCCGCGAUCUUUGCCUUCGUUGUCGCCGCUGCGGCUCCUCUCGCUAUGGCUGCUCCUUUCCCUCCCAACGGUGGAUUCCCUGGAGGUUUCUUCCCUCCCAUGAACGGUACUCUGCCUGGAGCUGGUCCUGGAGCUGGUGGCCCUGGAGCUGGUGGCCCUGGCGGUCCUGGAGGUCCUGGCGGUCCCGGAGCUGGUGCUGGUGCUCCUGGUGCUCCCGGAGGUCCUGGUGGUUGGUUGCCAGUUCCCCCUCCCAUGCCCCCUAUGCCCCCCGUUGGAGGCCAGCCCGGUCAAGGUGUCCCUACUCCUCCCGUUGCUCCUCCUGUUGUCCCUACCCCUCCUCCCGUUGCUCCUCCCGUUGUCCCUACUCCCAUCCAUGGAGCUCCCGUCUUCACUCCUCCCGCGGUUCCUGUCGCUCCUCCUGUUGCCCCCGAGGAGCCCGUUGUGGUCCCAACUCCCACUCCCGCUGUCCGGAAGUAA